CCCUGACUCGGUCCCAACUUUCCCACCACGGUGCCACCAUGCUCAAAGGCAAAAAGCUCAACCUUCCCGAUCGACUCGGCAGUUUACUCGCCGGUUUCGAGGACAAGGAUGGUGAUAGCGGAGGAUCCGGUUCGGCUUUAGAUUUGGGUGAAGAGCUUGAGAUUAUUCAGCCAAACAGAUUCAGGUCCGGUCGUGAAAGUGAAAGUGAUGAUGAAGAUGGUGAAGUUCAAGAAGAGGCAAUGGUGAAGAGGAAGUUGGAAGUGGAUGAAGAAUUGGAACAUCACGGGCGUCAGCCGAGACACCAAAAAGACGGGUCGGAUCAUAUUUCGGUUGUGAAAACUAUUGAAGAUGAUGAGAAAAGGUCCGAUAUUGAGUAUGAGAUUUCUCAAAAGAUGAUAAAUGUGGGAAAACUGCAAAGAAUCGUUGGCACCGGGCUUCCUGAUGGUGGAAAUUUGCGUCCAACGGUUUGGAAGCUGCUCCUGGGUUACUUGCCUCCAUCUCGGGACUUGUGGGAAAAGGAGCUCAUUGAGAAUCGACAAAAAUAUGCUAAGCUGAAAGAAGAGCUUCUUCUAACUCCUUCAGAACUUGCAAGAAUUAAAGAAGAAGCACUUCACUCUAAUGAGCAUAACAAUGCUGAUAGUGGUACUGAUGGACCACUUAUACGGCACGAGAUUUCUCACGAAGAUCACCCUUUGAGCCUUGGUAAGGCUAGUGUUUGGCAUCAAUACUUCGAGCAUAUAGAUAUUGCAGAACAGAUUGACCGUGAUCUGCAACGCACACAUCCUGAAAUGAAAUUCUUCUCAGGAGAGUCAUCAUUCAGCAGGAGACACAGGGUAUGCCUUUUUGCUUCCUACAUCCAUGGUGUAUUUACUUGUCACCACAAUAUUUUCAAUCUAUUAGCAGACCAAAUUUCAAUAUAUAGGGAAUCAAUGAGGAAUAUUCUCCUCCUAUUUUCAAAACUCAAUCCAGCCAUUCGUUAUGUCCAAGGAAUGAAUGAGGUCUUGGCACCAAUAUACUAUGUAUUUAGCACAGAUACAGAUGUGCAGAAUGCAUCUAAUGCAGAAGCAGACAGCUUUGCUUGUUUUGUCCUACUCUUGAGUGACUCAGUAGAUCACUUCUGUGAACAAUUAGAUAACAGUUCUGUGGGCAUCCUUUUUACUCUUUCCCGCUUGGCAGAGCUACUGAAAGCCAAUGAUGAGGAACUGUGGCGUCAUCUUGAAUUCACAACUAAGGUUAAGCCUCAGUACUAUGCAUUCCGGUGGAUAACAUUGCUACUUACUCAAGAAUUCAAUCUCCAAUCAAUCCUAAGAAUCUGGGAUUCUCUUCUGAGUAAUCCUUUUGGUGUCCAGGAAAUGCUUCUACGAGUAUGCUGUGCCAUGCUGCUGUGUGCGAAAAGCAGGCUUUUGAGUGGUGAUUUUGCAGCAAACUUAAGGCUAUUACAACACUACCCCGAUAUUGAUAUAGAACACCUUCUAAAAGUAGCACAGGAUAUUAGUCCCGACACCUCUUCGUUUUGUCUGACUUUGUAAAUUCAUACCUUAUCCACUCUUGCAUACAAAGCUUAUCUUUUGACAUUCUUUGCAAUACUGAAAUGGUAUUGAUCACCAAUCCUACUGUUUAUUCUUAAAACCAUAUUUUUUUUCUUUCAUUAUUGUUAGAUUUGUAAUUAUCUUAGAAACAACCGAGUAUUUUAUAAAGAGUUGACCGGCUUUUACUUUCCCCACUAGAGAACAGAUUAGUCUUCCUUGUGCAGUAAGCCACACCCUGAAACUUGGAAGAGGUUGUUAAGGGCUUUAUUGAGACAAAAUACAGAACCCUUAUGGUCACCGGGAAGGAAAAUAAGUUCAUCGAUUCGAAUACCAAAUGGUUAAUCUUUCAGUUUAUGUGUAAAGAUCAAACUAUUUAUGUAUAGCAGCAUGUUGCAAUCCUAUAGAUGGUUGUGGUUCAAUUA